CGUUAAUUUGUUGUGAUUGUGUUUGUUGAUGUUUUGAGGUUAUAACCGGUGGCUAAUAAAGUUAAUGCACAUAAUAAAUACUAUCAAAUAAAUAACAAUGACCAGUAAACCCAAUUCCAAACGUACAAUAUAUGUAGGGGGUCUCGCAGAAGAAGUUGACGAGAAAGUUUUGAAUGCUGCCUUCGUACCCUUUGGUGAUUUGGUUGAUGUUCAGAUUCCAUUAGAUUAUGAGACGGAGAAGCACAGGGGAUUCGCUUUUAUCGAGUUUGAAAAUGCUGAAGAUGCUGCGGCAGCAAUUGAUAACAUGAAUGACUCCGAGCUGUUUGGUAGGACUAUUCGAGUGAACAUUGCAGCCCCACAACGCAUCAAAGAAGGUUCCACAAGGCCGGUCUGGUCCGAUGACAGUUGGCUUCAGAAACACGCCGGAGAGACACUAGAAAUAAAUAAGGAUAAAGAUGGGGAAGAAACUGAACAAAAAGAGAAAAUGGAUGUUGAUAGUACCGUUCCAACCAAACCGGCAGAGAAAAGAAAUCCUCAAGUAUACUUCGACAUCAGUGUUGGCAAGCAGGAGAUAGGUAGGAUCAUCAUAAUGUUGAGAGCAGACAUCGUCCCGAGGACAGCGGAGAACUUCAGAGUGUUGUGUACGCACGAAAAGGGGUUUGGGUACCAGGGCAGCAGCUUUCAUAGAAUCAUUCCGGAUUUUAUGUGUCAAGGUGGAGACUUUACAAACCACAACGGAACGGGCGGCAAAUCUAUAUACGGCAGGAAAUUUGACGACGAAAACUUCACGCUAAAACAUACAGGGCCAGGCAUACUUAGCAUGGCGAAUUCAGGGCCAAACUCUAAUGGGUCACAGUUCUUCUUGUGUACUGCGAAGACCGAUUGGCUAGACGGGAAGCACGUUGUUUUCGGGCACGUCAUAUCCGGUCUGGAUGUCCUCAAGAAGAUGGAGAGAUAUGGAAGCAAAAGUGGUACUACUUCAGCCAAAGUCAUCAUCAGCAAUUGUGGAGAAUUACAGUGAUUUGAGAUUACAAUCAUGCUUUGGUUUUAAUUGGAA